AUGGCCCAUAUCAAGCUCGGCUCUCCCGAGCCGACACGCUCUCAGCGCGGAUGCGCCCAGAGCAACCGCUGCCGCCGCCUGCUCAUCCUCGUCUCCGUCGUCGGCGUGGCGCUCGCCGUCGGCCUCGCCGUGUCGCUCACCAUCUUCGCCGUGCGGAGGCCGAGGCAUGCGCCGGGUGACCGCCCCUCCGCGGGCCGGGGGCCGACCGAGGCGAUCGCGCGCGCGUGCGGGGUGACGCGGUACCCGGCGCUGUGCGCCAGCGAGCUCACGGCGCUCCCAGGCGCGGCGGCCGCCGGGGACGCCGACCUCGUGCCCAUGUCGCUCGACGCCACGUGCCGGCGCGUGGCCGACGCGCUGUCCAACGUCACGGCGCUCGCCGUGGGCGCGCCGGCGGCCGCCGCCUGCCGCGACGACUGCCUGGAGCUGCUCGACGUCGCUGGCGAGCUCCUCGAGCGGUCCGUCCGCGCCGUCGCGGCGUCGCCUGCGAACUCGACUGACGGGGCUGCUGCUGCCCACACCAACGACGACGACGUCAUGUCCUGGCUCAGCGCGGCGCUCACGUACUACGACACGUGCCACGACAGCCUUCAACAGGUCGGCUCCGACGAAGACGGGGACCGCCGGCGCGUCAAGGCGCAGAUGCUUGAGUACCUCACCAACCUCGGCGAGCACCUCAGCAACAGCCUCGCCAUCUUCAAGGCGCUGGGAACAACACCCAAGGUAGACGACGACGUCCGCUUCCCACCAAGGUGGGUGAACCACAGCGAUCGGCGCCUCCUCGUGGCUGCGGCCGCCGACAUGGUGCCCGACAUGGUUGUGGCCAAGGACGGCAGCGGGAUGCACCUGAGCAUCAGCGACGCCGUGGAGGCGGCGCCCGAGUACAGCAGCCGCCGCGUCGUGAUCUACGUCACGGCCGGCGUGUACACCGAGAACGUCAUGAUCGGGCGCGCCAAGACCAACCUGAUGCUCGUCGGCGCCGGCGCCGGCGAGACGGAGGUCGUCGGGUGGCGGAGCGUCCAGGACGGGUUCAAGACGUUCCAUACCGCGACGGUGUCGGUGCUGGGGGACGGGUUCAUGAUGCGCAACAUGACGAUGGAGAACAGCGCCGGGCCGGCGAAGCAGCAGGCGGUGGCGCUGCUGAUGAGCGGCGACCACGCGGUGGCGUACCGGUGCGCCGUGCUGGGGUACCAGGACACGCUGUACGCGCACGCGCAGCGGCACUUCUACCGCGAGUGCGAGGUGGCCGGCACGGUGGACGUGGUGUGGGGCAACGCGGCGGCGGUGCUGCAGAACUGCACGCUGCGGGCGCGGCGGCCACUGCCGGGGCAGAAGAACACGGUGACGGCGCAGGGGCGCACGGACCCGAACCAGAGCACGGGCAUCUCGCUGCACCGGUGCCGGCUGGUCCCGGCGCCGGAGCUCGCGGCGGGGCGGCGCGUACCCAAUGACGUUCCUAUGCUGACGACAACAUUUGCGAUGACGUACCUUGGGCGGCCGUGGAAGCCGUACGCGCGGGUGGUGUACAUGAUGUCGUACAUGGCGGAGCACGUGGCCGCCGGCGGGUGGCUCGCCUGGGACGCGUCCGCCCGCGCCCCGGACAGCACGGUCUACUACGGCGAGUACCAGAAUUGCGGGCCCGGCGCGGCGGUGGCGGGGCGCCUGGCGUGGCCGGGCCACCGCGUCAUCAUGCUGGAGGCAGAGGCCAUGGAGUUCACCGUGGGGAGGUUCAUCGGCGGUGACUCCUGGCUGCCGCCCACCGGGGUGGCGUUCGUCGCCGGCUUGACCGCGUGAUGUGCAUGGUAAGCUUUGAGUUUAUUUUGUGCCUAUUUCCUUUAUUUCUUUCUCUGCAAUGGCAGACG